UCCCUUGCCACCUUUCUUUUGCUCAACUCCCACCCUUCAAGUCUGUAGACCAUUUUCCACUCAAAUGGAGGGAGGCAAACAGAGAUAAGAUACAAAAAACAUUAAUCAGGUAAAAGCUGUCUCAACCCAACGGAAGAAAAACGUCAUAAUUUUAAAAAUAAUAUUCAACUGAUAUUCCCAAGUCAAUCUCUGGUUACUGCCUCAAAAUGUUGUUUUCACUUGGACUUCUCCUCCUUCUCACUCCAUUUGCUUCACUUCAAACCAGCACCAAUCAGAAGAGAAGAUCCACAGAAAAUGCCUUGACUAAAACCAAUAUUGCUUUCAAUGCUCCGAAACCAAAAACCAGCACCACUCCUGCCAAACUGAACGGCCACCCCACCCAAAAUUUAAACAUCAACCAGACAGUUUUACCGACUCUUCUCCCCAACCAAAAACCUUCAGUACUCAACCUUACAGCAACCGCAAGAAGCAAGCUCAAACCGACAGUGAACUCCACCACUGUGUCCCCACCACUGAAGACAUCCACAGCUAGUGGAACUGUAACCAAGAAGGAUAAGCUUACAGUGUCAGUUAAUCAGACAGGUUUAGCUAAACCCACAAGAGCCAGUGAAGGGAAGGUUACAAAGGGCAGCCAUGGACCCACUGGAGCCCUGAACGAUCAGUCAGCAGCCAUAAAAUCAGCAAUAGUCAACAACACUAAAACCACUAAAGAAAAACUUCAACUUUCAGUCAAUCAAACAGCUUUUGAUAAAUCUCUUUCGGGCAGCAAUGGGAAGAUUGCCAAAGUCAAGCCAGGCCCCACGGGAGUUCAAAAUGCUCAGUCAACAUCCACAAAGUCAGCCAGUAGCACAAAAACCACCAAAAACAAGCUAAUAGCCUCUGUCAAUCAGACUGUUGUUAUGAAAUCUCCUUACACCGGAGAAGUGAAGAACUCGAAGGAAAGUCCUGCCCCCACAGUCCAGACUCCUCUCUUAAUUUCUGCAAAGGCCUCUACAUCCAGCAGUCCUGCCGCUGUCAAAGCGAAGACCAUGGGAUCUGAUAAUCACACUGUCGGAGUCAAAGAUUUGAAGAACUCCAAAGUUAAACCGACUUCCACAGUCCAAACUGCCACACCUGCAAAGGCUGCUGCAUCCAGCACCCCAGUAAAAGUUAAACCCCAGACAACAGCCUCUGCUGAUCCUACAGUUGUGGCCAAAUCUCCCUCUAGUGGUGAUAUCAAGAAUUUAAAAGAAAAACCUGUGCUCAUCAACCAAAAUAUAACGAGAGGUUCUGCUGUUGUCAAAGAUAGGGCCCAAACCUCUGCAGAUCAGGGAACUGUAAACAAGGCUCCCAGCGACACUAAAGUAAAGAUUGCCUCUUCACAGCCAAUCAAGGUGGUUAUUGCUAAUGACUGUCAAUCAAGCAACACCAAAGAGCAUGAAGUAAGCCUAAAACCCGGUGCUCCGCUGGUCAUGACACAUAAGAUCAGUUUGAUGCCCGGUGGCUGCACUGGCGGAUGUGAGGCCGAGAUGGCCGAGCUGAAAGGACGCUUGGCCAGACUGGAGAGAGAGAUAUCCUCACUAAAGGACAAAUGUCCGUGUUCUGCAAACUGUCCAAAUGAUUGUAGUGACAAUGGACAAUGUCAGAAAGGAAAAUGCAUCUGCCAGGAAGGAUUCAUGGGUCCAGACUGUAGUCACUGUGCCCAAGGAGCCGAGUGCAGUAAAAAAGAAGCCAAAGGAGUGAUAAAGGUAAAAGUGGAGACAGAAUCCCAGAAAGAAAAUAAAGAAAGAACCACUCUUAAGGAAAACAUAGAGGACAGAACCAAAACAUCAGCGCAGGUGCAACUGGAGAAGAAGGACCAGAGGAAAGGCACUGAUGCCAAAGAAACCGACACGAGUUCAAAGUUCGCCACUACUGCUAAAUUAGGUCUUGCAAAAGCACAGAUCAGCUCGGAUGCUUCUGAAAAGAAAAUUAUCAUCAAAGGAUCCACAAAGAUCACUGUCCCUACUGUUGGCCAGAUUCUGUUGAAGCAUGAAGGCAGAAAGCAAGAGGAGGCCCGCAAAGGCAAAACUAUGGCUAAAAAAACUCCUCUUAAAGUAGUAAAGGAAGGAACCAUGGCUAAAUCAUAUUCAAAAUCUCAUCAACUCAAAGAUGAACCUCAGUUUAACAUAAACCAGAGUGAUGCAAGAAAUUUAAAUAGAACAGCAAAAUUUUCAACAGUUCUUACCAGGAUUGUGGCAACCAACAAAACAUUUGCUGGAAAGGACGCCAAAGACCAGUCCACACUCAUUGAAAAGAAUUCAACUCAAGCAUUAGAAUCAACGCAGAUUAAAAAGGUAAAAGUGGAUACUGCUGUACAUUCUGUUGAUGGAAACACUGAUAAACAGACAAAUGUGCCUGCUGUUGAAGACAUAAACAUUGAUCCUACCAAAACCAAACAAGGGAGGUAUUCCGUAACGGAUGCUAAAACUGGACAUACAUCUACAUCUGUGGUCUCUGGUAAUGACAGAAAAUCUGAUCCUGGCAAGAGCACAAAGGGGAGGGAUGGUGCAACAGUGCACUCUGUGGAUGGCAAGUCCGGAAAGUUGGGAGGUGCAAAAACUUUGCAUUCUGUUGAUGGCAAGACUGGACAAGGCAGACAAACUACAACUAUGCACUCUCCUGACAGCAGAAGUACAGAUGCUAGCAAAACCGGAAGAGGGAGGGAUACCAAAAAAUUGCAUUCAGUUGGUGCAAAGCCUGGACAAGGCAAACAUACUGCUACUGUCCAGGUGGUUGAUGACAGAAAUGUCGAUGCUAGCCAGAAUGGGAAAUGGAAGCCUACGAAAUCUUUGCACUCGAUUGAUGACAAGAUUGAACAUGACAGACAUACGACAACUGUGAACUAUGUUGUUCGUAAGGCUGAACAAAGCAGACAAACUGUGCAUUAUGUUGACGACAGAAACACAGAUGCAAGCAAGACAGAAAAUGGAAGAGAUACUGUAGCAAAGCAUUCUGUUGAUGGCAAGACUGGGCAAAACAGAGACACUAUGACGAGGCACUCUGUUGCUGGCAAGAUCGGACAAGGCAGUGGCACUGUGCACUCGGCUAACAGCAAGACUGCACAAAGCAGACAUACGACAACUGCACACUCUGUUGACAAUACAAACACAGAUGCCAGCAAAACAGGGCAAGGGAAGAGUACCAUAACAGUGCACUCUGGUGAUGGCAAAACUGGAAAAGGAAAAGAUACUUCAACUGUACAUAGUUCUAUCACGGAUACCACGGAUGCAAGCAAGACAGGAAAAGGGAGUGUCACUCUGAAAAUUCAAAACGUAGUGAAUGCCACUUCAGACAAUGCUCAAGUUUCCCAGAGCCAAACAACGACCCAUGGCAGCUCCAUGACAAGUGCCACAAGGACAGGAGGAUUAGGUUCUGUGAAAGUUGUAAACAUCUCCUCCCACAGCUUCAUCCUCUCAUGGUCAGCACCACAGGGAAUGUUCAAAAACUUCACAGUGAUCAGAAGGGAACCGCAAACAGAAGGCGAUGAGGAAGAGUAUGAGGAGUUUGAAGAGGAGGCUUUUGAGGGAGACAAUGUUUAUUCAGCAAAGAACAAAAUUCAGGUCCAGGUACAUAAAGAGAGCUCCUCUUCAAGUAAAGUUGUUGCAUCAAAAAGUAAAACAGAAACCAAGAGGAUCAUGCUGGUGGUACCUGGCAGUGUGCGAUCAGUUGAAUUCAGUAACCUCCGCACUAAUACGCGCUAUGUCCUGCACAUAUAUGGUACGGCAGUGGACCGAAAAUCCAAGAUUCACAGAGUUAUUGCAACUACAGGUCCAGAGCCAGCCACAGAUAUGCUUUUCAGUAACAUAACAGAGACAUCACUCAUGGUCUCCUGGGCUAAACCCAAGACAACAAUCACAGGCUACACAAUUACAUACACCCACAUUGUCACAGGUGAGACCCGUUCCGUGAACUUGGACUCCCAACAGACUUAUGUGGUUCUUUCCAAGUUGUCUGCUGGAUCAUCCUAUAUUAUCACUGUCACCACAACACAAGGGAGAGUCCACAGUGAUGCGCUUGUGUCCAUUAUCACCACAGUGCCUGCCCCACCAACCCACCUACGAGCCAACAAUGUGACUGAUACCAGAGCAGUGCUACAAUGGACACCCAGCUUGGGCAAGGUAGACCGCUUCAUCAUCAGCUACGAAUCAUCCAAGACUCCUAAUGUGACUGUGACAGUGAUGGUAUCUGGAAACUCAGUGGAGCACCAGCUGAGAGGCCUUCAGAGAGGGACGAUGUACACCAUCAAAGUCCUGAGCCAGAAGGACAGUCUUCAGAGCACAGCCAUUACAACAACUUUCACCACUGCCAACGCGGUCAAAGCCAGCGAAGUGGGUGCUCGCUCUGCUCUGAUUGUUUGGAGAAGUUCCACGGUGGUUUAUCACAGCUACAGACUGAUCUACCAAGUGGUAGGAGAAGAGGCAACGGAGCUUAUCCUAGAGCCCACCAUCACAGAGUAUAAACUGACAGGACUGUUACCCAUGUCACGCUACAACGUUCUGGUGGAAGGCGAAAGAGAUGGACGUCACACAUCAAUUGUAACCAGCGAAUUUAUCACAGGUAAGCUGCGUUUCCCCUACCCGACCGAGUGCUCUCAGGAGCUGCUGAAUGGAGCUCUUCAGUCAGGAGAGGUAGACAUCUACCCCGAGGGAAAGGAGGGCCAGGUCUUCAGAGUCUACUGCGACAUGGAGACUGAUGGAGGCGGUUGGACGGUGUUCCAACGACGAAUGAAUGGAAAAACAGAUUUCUACAGGACCUGGAGUGAAUACAGAGACGGCUUUGGAAACCUUAGUGAAGAUUUCUGGCUCGGAAAUACAAUUCUGCACAACCUCACCAGCAUCGGUCCCGUGAGCUUGAGGGUAGACCUGCGAUCCGGAAACGAAACAGCUUAUGCUCACUAUGCUAACUUUUCCAUCGAUUCUGAGGAGAAUCAUUUUGCCCUCACAGUGUCUGGAUACACAGGAACAGCAGGUGACUCAAUGAAGUACCACAAUGAACGUCCUUUCUCAACCCGGGAUAAGGACCCUGACUCUUUGGGCAUCCACUGUUCGCGGGCCUACAUGGGCGGUUGGUGGUAUAAAAACUGCUACAAAACCAACCUCAAUGGACUUUAUGGCAUCAACACUAAUAAUCAGGGAGUGGUGUGGAUAGACUGGAAAGGUAAAGACUCCUCCAUUCCCUUCACUGAGAUGAAGUUCAGACCGUCCAGGUUCUCUCCUGCGACACAUGGCUAAAGAUGAUCAAGCUCGCAAGAACUCCAUAUGAAGAAAGGGUCUCAUUGUUAUUGUGUGUCAUCAUUCAGCUGUUUGAUUUUUAAGUGUUCCACUUCAACAGAGCCUUAUCUCUGUUGAGAUUUCUAUUUUGCUAUGCGGCCCAUCCAAUUCAACAGGAUGGCGUUCACUACUACUGUAAAUAUGCACUGUCUCACUCAGUUGAAAUAAAUGUAGGUCUGAUGUGGCCUGGUUUUACAUUAAACACAUCCUGUUAAGGGAC